AUGACUAUCGUGUCGAUGUUACAAAGACAUAUUACGGAGGAAAUACUUGAUUUUGAGCAGUAUGAAAAUAUAGCACCAGCCGAGUUUCAUACUUGGACAGGACUGACUCAAGAUCAGUUUACUGAAUUAUUAGAUAGUUUACCAAGUCUGAGAACUAAAAAGAAUAAAAGAACCUUACUGGCGGCAGUAUUCCACUUCAAGUUAAGAACAGGUGACUCGAACGCGCGGCUUGCUAAUAUUUUUAAAUGUAGCGAAACAGCGUUUCAUACGUGGUUAAAAAUCGGACGCAACGCUCUGUUAGAAGAUUUUGUGCCCUUAAAUGUUGGGUUUGACCAUAUUUCCCGUGAGUAUGUAGCACACAGGAAUCUUUUUCUACCCAACAAUCUGUUUGGGAACCCAUCGAGCCCAGAAGAUGAAAGGAAAGCUAUCACGAUUUGUGAUGGCACGUACAUCUAUCUGCAAAAAAGUGGAAAUUAUUUUUUCCAACGCAAGUCUUACAGCCACCACAAAUACAGAAACCUCCUAAAACCGUUCCUCUUGGUUUCUUGUGAUGGACACAUUAUCGAAGUUAACGGACCAUAUGCUGCCACCACGUCUGACGCAGAUAUAAUGAAUGAUAUGCUUAAUAAUGCUGACAGUGCCUUCCACUGGUUUUAUAGGAGUGGCGAUGUUUUUAUUCUGGACCGUGGUUUUCGAGACUCAGCAAGAAAUCUGGAAUCUUGCGGAUACGUACAACAUAUGCCUCAAACAAAGUAUCCAAAUGAGACACAGCUAACCACGGAUCAGGCCAAUAAGUCCAGACUGGUAACAAUCUGUCGUUGGGUGGUUGAAGUGGUCAACGGCAGGUUCAAAAGAGAUUUUCGCCUGUUGCGAAAUGUAUAUAAUAACAGAGCUCUUCCCAGCAUGUUCGAGUAUUUCAAGAUAGCAGCGGCGAUGAUAAAUCGUUUUCAUGUUUUGAUUGAAGAUAAUCCAAAUGCUGCUGCGAUUUUAGAGAUUAUCCACCAAAGAAUUAAUAUGCAAAAUAGAUUGGCAGAUCUUGUAAUACGCCAUAACUACAAUCGCAGACGUGCUCAGUUUACUUUAAUGACUGCAGAUAUGCCAGAGUUUGUAGAUUUUCCAAGAAUGGAUGAGAACGAAUUAUUAUUAUUCGCUCUGGGCGUUUAUCAACUAAAACAGGCCAAAAGCUUUUACGGUGAGCACGUCCUUGACAAUGGAGCAUUCACAAUUGAGCUCAGCAAUGAGUUAUCAAAUGAAGACUUGGCGGAAUUGCAGGGCAAUGAUUUAUGGAUGAUAAGAGGCCGACUGCAAUCGCGGCAUGUUAGAGCAAGACAGUAUUAUGUCUACAUUAUAAUAGAUAGGUUUUUAUCAGGCCGACAAGCAAUCGCUCACUAUUAUUGUUCGUGCAUCAUAGGAAAGCGAACAAUUGGAUGCUGCUCCCAUAUUAUGUGCAUUAUAUGGUACAUGAGCCAUGCACGACAUUUGCCAGCAAUAACCCCUCCAGCUUAUGGAUUGGAGAACAUUAUUGUUGUACCAGACGAUGAUGAUUUUAUAGUGUUUAAUUAA